CCCCUUUUCAGCCAAUCCACAGUCGUAACGUUUCGACACAAAAACGGACUACCUUAUCGUGCAAUUGCCAUUGCAGCACGUGCAUUACAGCGCGGCGCUGGAUCUCUCUAAUUCGUUCCGUCCCUCUGUUCAUGUCGUCGGCACCGACGUCCACCACGUCCUCGGGCGGCAGCGUGUCGCCGCGUCUGAGCCGUAUGAGCUCGACUUCAGGCGCCUUCUCCACGCAGUCGCUACAGGGAUUCCGCACUGUGUCACUGCCCGGUCUGUUCCCUGGUACGCACUUGGGCAUUUUGGCCUCGGGGUUGCUAGACAAGCGCCGUGACGGCGCCGUGCGUGGCGGCUGGGCCAAGCGGCUCUUCAUCCUGUCCACGCGCAGUCUGCAUUAUUACCGAAAGGUGGAGGAGUCAGAGCUCUUCGGCAAGGAGCGCGGCCAGGUGCUGCUCUCAGAUAUUGGCUAUGCCAAGGUUGUCAUGCCCGAGGACGCCCCAGCGGGGGCUGUGGAGCCCGGUCAUUCGUCGUUCUUUGUUGGAGUGCUGUCGGUAUGAUGCGUAGUGGAAUUGAUGAGGUUGAGAGUCAAUUUCUGAGGUUCUGUGGUGUUUCCCAUCAUUUUGAGCAGAAACGGAAGACGUUGCUGCUGUUCCUGCGCGCCGAUUCGUUUGAAUAUGCAAGCAGCUGGGUCAGUAUUAUUAAUAACGCGGUGCAUACUGGUAAAAGUGUCAAGUUCGCACCGCGAUGGACGGUGGAGACCAUGCAGACCUUCAUUUCGGCCGCGUCCGGCAACUUUGAAGAAAUUGAGGCUGCAGCAACGACAGAAUCACCAACAGAGGUAGCAGCAGCACCGACUGUGACGCGUCCGAUUCCUACAGUCCUCGUCGUUAGUAUGGUGUCUGGUCCUCUAAGUGGGUCUACCGCAACAGAGAGGUUAGUCAAGCGCAAUGUGGAGCUGAACACGGAGCUCCUGUUGGGUUCAUUCGAGCAGAAGGACACCUGCGUUUUAGUACUAAGUGAUGGCGAAGAACUCCACAUCCCGCAGCGCUUAUUGGGAGGCGAUACCAACAGUCUACUGACGACUGCCAAGCAGAUUGAGCUGACAACACCGGCUCGCAGUCAACCGCUGCGACCACACAUCGUAUCGAUGUCCAAAAUUUUCGUUUCUUUCCGAUGCGUACGGGCUCCACUUAUGCAAAUAUCCCGACGAGACUCCGGUCCCCAACCAGUGAUGUCGUCGUUGCCUUCAACAUUCACAGUGGCGUUUCCCGGCACACUUGGUGGCCUUUUCCUGAUAAGUUGUCUGGUCUCGUUCUACUGCGCGACUCCUUUCGUUGGCUUGAUGAAGAUCACAAUCGUACUCGGUUUGAUUCUCUCCGUGUCACAGAUCACCCAGUUUGUUGUCUGUCUAUCAGAAUCUCAAAGCCACAAGCGAUUGAGUCCCGUACUAUCCCCGAUUGGAGGAUCUAGAAAAGCUGUGGCUGCUGUGGGUAAUGAGCUCCUGUUCCAUUUGACAGUCGACAGGAUCGAGGUGAUUGAAGCAGAUCAAGACAAGGAACCAGCACUGUCCGAGACGGCGUCUCCAGUAUCAGACAUCGACGGUAUUACCGAAUCGGAAACAAACGCGAUCAGUGGCGGCCCGAUCGCAUUCUCGCCACGAUUCAUUGCAGGAGAAAAGGGAGACGAAGAAAAAGGUCGUGCUAGAUACUUGGCUACACUGGAAUGGCGCAAGGACAACAAUAUCGACAAUAUCUUGGUGACACCACACCCGAACUUCGAGACCAUCAAGAAGUAUUAUCCGCAAUAUUUCCACGGCAGGACUCGUGACGGACUUCCCGUGUACUACGAGCGACCGGGUAAAAUCGACCUCCCAGCCCUGAAGCGUGAGGGCCUCUCGAUUGAUGACCUACUACGUCACUACAUGUACAUCACGGAAUAUCUUUGGAGGGUUGUGGAGCCUAACGACUCCGGUCGAUCGAUCACAGUGCUGGAUGUUACGGGUAUCGGCAUGUACGACCUUGGUGGAGAAGUACUGGACUUCAUCAAGCGUGCCUCCGCGUUUACUGGUGCACACUAUCCCGAACGCAGUGCCCACAUUUUCAUCAUCAACAUUCCCGGCUGGUUCAACAUGAUCUGGCGCAUGGUGAAGCCCAUGAUUGACCCCGUCACCCGCGAAAAGGUACGUCACUAAGCCAUACUUGCAUUUGAGGAGGGUGUCGUAAUUUGAUGCGUGUUUUGCUGUAUGCAGGUCCACAUGCUGAAGGGUAGCGCGAUUCUGAAAGAACUGGAGACGCUGAUCGACCUAGAGAACAUCCCGUCGGACUUUGGCGGUGAGGGCGUAGCGCUGGGCGACUCGGAGGAAGAGCACGCGCUAGCAGCACACGUGAAGAAGUAUCUGUGAGUAAGGAAAACAACGAAAUUAAUAAAAUCGGAUAAAAGCACUUGAAAUGUUACAAAUGCAA